AAUUUGUUUCCUUAUUUCUUUGAGCCGUAGACUUCUAAUACAUUUAGAGAUGUCAUAUAGUUGAUUAGAAAGUUGAGUUCAGUGGGUGCAGACCUGCAAGAUCAUAUUCUUCCUCCUGUACAUGAUGUAUCGGACGGUAGGAUUUGGCACCCAAAGAAGGUAUCUGAAGCCAUGGAUGAUUGCCGUUCUCAUUGUGUUGUCCCUGACAGUGGUGGCAGUGACCAUAGGUCUCCUGGUUCACUUCCUAGUAUUUCACCAAAAAAUGGAGUACUAUCAUGGCUCCUUUAAAAUUUUAGAUCCACAAAUCAAUAACAAUUUUGGACAAAGCAACACAUAUCAACUUAAGGACUUACGAGAGACGACCGAAAAUUUGGUGAGUCAGGUGGAUGAGAUAUUUAUAGAUUCAGCCUGGAAGAAGAACUAUAUCAAGAACCAAGUAGUCAGACUGACUCCAGAGGAAGAUGGUGUGAAAGCAGAUGUCAUUAUGGUGUUCCAGUUCCCCUCUACUGAGCAAAGGGCAGUAAGAGAGAAGAAAAUUCAAAACUUCUUAAAUCAGAAGAUGAGGAAUUUAAGAGCCUUGCCAAUAAAUGCCUCAUCAGUUCAAGUUAAUGCAAUGAGCUCAUCAACAGGGGAGUUAACUGUCCAAGCAAGUUGUGGUAAACGAGUUGUUCCACUGCACGUCAACAGAAUAGCAUCUGGAGUCAUUGCACCCAAGGCGGCCUGGCCUUGGCAAGCUUCCCUUCAGCAUGAUAACAUCCAUCAGUGUGGGGCCACCUUAAUUAGUAAUACAUGGCUUGUCACUGCAGCACACUGCUUCCAGAGGUAUAAAAAUCCACAUCAAUGGACUGUUAGUUUUGGAACAAAAAUCAACCCUCCCUUAAUGAAAAGAAAUGUCAAAAGAUUUAUUGUCCAUGAGAACUAUCACUCCGCAUCAAGAGAGUACGACAUUGCUGUCGUGCAGGUCUCUUACAGAGUCACUUUUUCAGAUGACAUACGCCGGAUAUGUUUGCCAGAAGCCUCUGCAUCCUUCCAACCAAAUUCAACUGUCUACAUCACAGGAUUUGGAGCACUUUACUAUGGUGGGGAAUCCCAAAAUGAACUUCGAGAAGCCAGAGUAAAAAUCAUAAGUGAUGAUGUCUGCAAGCAACCACAGGUAUAUGGCAAUGAUAUAAAAUCUGGAAUGUUCUGUGCCGGAUAUAUGGAAGGAAUUUAUGAUGCCUGCAGGGGUGAUUCUGGGGGACCUUUAGUCACAAGGGAUCUGAAAGACACCUGGUAUCUCAUUGGAAUUGUGAGCUGGGGAGAUAACUGUGGUCAAAGGGACAAGCCUGGAGUCUACACACAAGUGACUUAUUACCGAAACUGGAUUGCUUCAAAAACAGGCCUCUAAUUUGCCAUAAAAGUUAAACCAAGAGAGCUGUAUGCAGGUCAUAUAUGCGUGAGAAUUCAACUAUCUAAUGGGUGUAGUACAACAAAGUGAUAUUAAAUUACUGGAUCUAGCAACAUGAAACAUACAACGUAAGUUAUUUAGAAUCACUUUAAUCAACCAAUAAUCCUUAGCCAAUUUAUAAGGGACUUUUAUUUGUAAAGUAAUAGAUCUGGCUUGAAACAUACAAUAGAGAUACCUAGCUCUUUAAAUCAUGAAUGUUGAAGUACAAAUGAGACUCAAUACAUAUUUUUGAAGUUAGUCCAUGAGAUUUUUAAAAUGUCUUUAUCAAGGGGAUCUCCUUUUAACUGAGACAUUUUUGAACUCACAUAGUGUUCAAGAAACCCUUGUAUAAUUCCCUAGGUUUCUCUAGAGCUCACAAAUAUUUUUUUCUUUUUCCUUAUUCAAUCAGAUUUUCCAAAGCACUUUUCCACCAUAAAAAAUGAAUUUUCUACUUCUAAACCCAUUUGAGGGACACAAAUAAAAGAAAGCCAUAUGUAGGAAACAAAGUCUGAUAGUAAAGCAAGUCAGAGAUCUUCUAACAUUUUUUAGUUAUAAAGCCUCUAAUUUUUUGUUGACUUUUCUACACACACACACACAAACACACACACAAGCACACUCACAUAGCUAUUCCUAUCCCACAUAUAUAACCAGAAAAAUCCAGAUUAAUGAAUGAUAUAUAGAAAGAGUGAUUAGUUGAUCAAAACUAUAUAUUUGUUAAAAAUUUGGGAGAAGGUGAUGGUGAUUUCAUAAGUCCCAAAACACAGGCACAAGAAAUUUGACAUUUCAUAGAUGCACUUACACAUUUUGACCACAAGGGGGAAAUUUUGUACAUUAUUAUUGUAUGGUUAAAUGCCUGAAAAAAAUAAGAAUUCACUAAUACCUUGAAAAAUCAAAGAAUAUUGUCUUCCUCUGUAGCAAGAAAAAUUGUAUGCCCUUGCAUUUCUACAGCCAAAUAGCUUAUAAAGCUUAUGGCAAUGUCCCAACUAUUGCAACCAUAAAACCCUAGUUUUAGAAAAAUUUGAAAAUAAAUAUAAAAUUUGAGCACCUACUGCAUAUAACACAUGUGGUUAUAACAUAUAACAAAUAGGAUGUUUUCUCUUUUGGACCACAUAAACAAAGUGGUUCAAAAGAGAAAACAUACUCCAUAAGCAACGUGUCUCCUGAAGUCAUUAGGAGAGUAAGGCCAACAUCAUGAAUCUUUCAACUGUCAUUAAAAUUACAUUUCUUUUAAAUAACUAGUUUGGAUCACUCUGAAGCUGAGUUCACAAACUUGGCACUAUUUAUAUUUUGGUCUGGAUAAUGUUUUAUUGUAUUUUGUAAUACAAUUAAAUUAAGGCUUUGUGGAAGCAGUUAUUCCGCUUGGCAAUGCUUGUGAAACAUUACAGUCUGCAGACUGGGGAGUCAUUUACUCAUGUAAUCUAAAUAUAAGACAAAUCAUUGGAAUGAUGAACUUGCUUUAUAAUAAUUUCCCUCAUGUACUAUUGAGAAGUCACGAAAAUAAACCUAAAAUAUCCGAAAGAGAUACGCAGUUCAUUCAUAAAACACUUGAUUCAUAAUUUAGACUCAUAGAAUUUUAAAGCUUAGAAGAGAUUGCAUGUCACAUAGGCCAAUACACUUAUGUUAUGUUUAAAAGAACUGAAGCCAGAAAACUAUAUAUUUGUUAUAUAUAAAUGACUCAGAGAAGCAAUAGGUAGUCUGCAUCACCAAUGGGCCUAGAACACAGGCACCAGUUUCACCUUCCCUUUUUCUUGUAAAGUAUCUUUAUUAUUGCCUAUUUUUGUUGAAUCAACAGAUCUAUAAAAUUUUAAGUCAGAGCUAUUGAACCUGUAUUAAGGUAGAAAACUCUUAAGAUAAGAAUUUUAAAUGAUGAGAUUCAUUUAGGCAGCUGGCUGCCAAUUCUCUGAAUUCACUUCAAGGCAAAGUUUCUUCUUCAUAUAUAAAUAUACAUAGGCAUAUAAAUUAUUCUAUAUUGUGGUGGUAAAAUUUAAUGCUGACUUUGGAUGUUCAGAUUCAGGAAAUGAUCUUAGAAUUAUAAACUUUGUAUUUUUAAACUAUU